AUGGCUCACAAGUCCAAGCAGCGUUUGCGUCUUCAACUCGCCGUCUUGCUGGCAGCUUUUGCUUUGCUGGCACUUAUUGGCAGUGUUUCGGCGGUGUCCUCGAAGACGUGGGUCGACCGCUCUCUACGAUCGGACAGGAGUCUGAGGAGAAAAGGAGCCAACAACCUCCUCGAAGUGAGGACAACCGGAUUGAUAACCCAAAUCACAAACGCCGUAAAACAAUCAAGUGCUGACAAGCUCUUCACCAAGUACAAAGUGAACCAACUCGAGUCGAACCUGCUCGCCAAUGCUGAAUUCCAAACAUGGGCCAGAGCGGUGAUCAAUGCCAACAAGAAGAACCCCCAGCUUGCGGACCAGUUCAUCGCAUCAACGUUGUCAUCUCGCAUCGGAGAUGGAGCUCUGGCCAAGAUGCUAGCGGCGGCGAAGAAAGAUAAAACCUUUGAAAUCACUGCGAGCGGCUUGGAGGCAGCUCAGCGCAUGAACCGGCUGGAAAAGGACAGACUGGUGCGCGAGGUGUUCACACUGCUCAAGCUUGACCAGGAAGAAAUCGUCAGCCCGGUAUUUGAUACUUGGUUCAGCUACGCAAUGCUGAAUGCGGACCCGGGUGAGAAGGUGCUUGGCACGCUGCUGAGGCACUAUAACUUCGAGAUUCCUGUGAGUUUGCUUGCGGCCGGACGAUCUGCUUGGAAGCCCCAAGUUCGGUCUUUGGGUGGCUUACCUUGA